AAAGAGAGUGCCAAAGAGAAAAUAUUUCUGUAAUUAUCCAGCAGAGCAGCAAAUUGUGGCAUACAAAAUUCCUCAAUCUCCCGACUGGCAAGCAAAAUCAAGAAAGCAAAGCAGACAAAAACGAGAAAUGGCCCCUGUUUCUUCUUUGCAUUUCCAUUCCUUUCUUCAUCACCCAAGCCUCAGGAGAAGCAGGAUUUUCAACAUUGCCUGCUUCAAGAACAAUGAAAGUGAUACCAAGAACCCACCGAGUGUGUGCGUUGGAAAAGAAUUUGGGACGAAAAGGAGAGAGCUACUGUUUCAGGCAGUCUCUUCUGUAAUUGCUUUUCCUGCAUUAACUUCAGUUGCAUUGGCUGACAACGAAGUUAUGGAAGAUUUUCGUGUAUAUACUGAUGAAGCGAACAAGUUUAAGAUCACGAUUCCUCAAGAUUGGCUAGUGGGAACAGGAGAAGGGGAUGGGGUAAGAUCUCUGAUUGCAUUCUAUCCACAAAAUACUGCCAAUUCAAGUGUCAGCUUAGCAAUCACAAGCCUUGGUGCUGAUUUCACCAGAUUGGAAUCUUUUGGCAAAGUUGAUGCAUUUGCGGAGAAUUUGAUUGGUGGAUUAGACAGAAGCUGGCAGAGGCCCCCAGGUGUUGCAGCAAAACUAAUAGAUUGCAAAGCCACUAAUGGGCUGUACUACAUUGAGUACACGCUGCAAAAUCCUGGCGAGAGUUGUAGACAUUUGUUUUCGGUGCUCGGGAUGGCGAACAAUGGUUUUUACAAUAGGUUGUAUACUCUAACAGGACAGUUUGUUGAUGAAGAGGCAGAAAAAUUUGGUGCCAAAAUUGAGAAGGCCGUUGCAUCUUUCAGAUUAAUCGUAUGACUAGUACAAGGCUUCCGAUUUUCAUGUUUUUCAGGAGGCCAAUGUUACAGUGAAAACUGUAGAUCCAAAAUUACAGUAUGACAUUUCCUUUUGAGGUGCAUGAUUUGAACAGCAAAGGCUGCUGCUAAACUUCCAAUGUGGAGCAUUAUGUAGUUUGUAAUUGACUCGAUUGGUUGGUUUGUAAAUUAUGUGAAAUGAACAAUUACCGUCUUCUUUAUGUCAUAUCUUCUAGCUUGUGACUUGAUUAUACUGAUGUAUUCUUAAAAUUGAAUUGUCAUUUGUGAAUUUA